AUGACCGGCUCCGCGGCCGACACUCACCGCUGCCCCCACCCCAAAGGCGCCAAAGGCACCCGGUCCCGGAGCAGCCACGCGCGGCCCGUGAGCCUCGCCACCAGCGGGGGCUCGGAGGAGGAGGACAAAGACGGCGGGGUGCUGUUUCACGUUAACAAGAGCGGCUUCCCCAUCGACAGCCACACCUGGGAGCGCAUGUGGAUGCACGUGGCCAAGGUGCACCCCAAGGGGGGAGAAAUGGUGGGCGCCAUCAGGAACGCCACCUUCUUGGCAAAGCCUUCGGUACCCCAGGUUCCGAACUACAGGCUGUCGAUGACGAUCCCAGACUGGCUCCAGGCAAUCCAGAACUACAUGAAGACACUACAAUACAAUCAUACAGGGACCCAGUUCUUUGAAAUUAGGAAAAUGAGACCGCUGAGUGGGUUAAUGGAAACAGCGAAAGAAAUGACUCGGGAGUCCUUGCCCAUCAAAUGCCUUGAAGCUGUCAUCCUGGGCAUAUACUUAACCAAUGGACAGCCUUCCAUCGAGCGAUUCCCCAUCAGCUUUAAAACCUACUUCUCAGGAAACUACUUUCACCAUGUUGUGCUGGGGAUUUAUUGCAAUGGCCACUAUGGCUCGCUGGGCAUGAGCCGAAGGGCUGAGCUGAUGGACAAGCCGUUGACCUUUCGGACUCUGAGUGACCUCAUCUUUGACUUUGAAGACUCCUACAAGAAGUACCUGCACACAGUGAAGAAGGUCAAGAUUGGGCUGUAUGUCCCCCACGAGCCUCAUAGCUUUCAGCCCAUUGAGUGGAAGCAGCUGGUCCUCAAUGUCUCAAAGAUGUUGAGGGCUGACAUAAGGAAGGAACUGGAGAAAUAUGCCAGGGACAUGAGAAUGAAGAUCCUGAAACCUGCAAGUGCCCAUUCUCCAACCCAAGUGAGAAGCCGGGGGAAGUCCCUGUCCCCCCGAAGGAGACAGGCGAGCCCCCCGAGACGGCUCGGCAGGAGAGACAAGUCGCCUGCACUGCCUGAGAAGGUAGCUGACCUCAGCACGCUGAAUGAGGUGGGCUACCAAAUCCGAAUUUAGGCAAGCCAUAUCAGCCAGCAAGAGGGCUUCCAUGGUGCUUCUCUCUGCACUUUACCCCAGCAUCUUCAGGAGGAACUGCAACUAUUUAUUGAGAACCUGUGGAUUUUAUUUUUAAGGAUUCACUUGGACAUGGAAUCUGAGUGGGUGGUAACAAUUAAUGUUGAAAUUCACCAAGGGGCCACCAUGAAAAGGCUGAAGUAAGAAACCCCACCGGGGUUGGACUAUCUCCCUCACUACAGAUAGAAAGGGAAAUAUGUAACUGUAGUUUUUUUAUCUUCCCAUUGACCUACUUUUUGUUUACUUGCUUUUGAACAUGAUGCCUCCUCACCAGUAGUGUAUGUUACUGAAACCCUCCCUCCUACUUUUGAUAUAGUAAGGUAACUCAGCCAGUAUUAAUGUCUUUUUUCAGCAAUAACAGAGGCAAAGAUUGGUGGGAUUUUUUUUUUAAGCAGUCAAUAUUACCUCAGCAUCUUGACAUCAGAUAUGCAAACUUAAUGGUUUUUUUUUUUUUUAAUUCUAUUUGUAUUGUUUCCCCAAUAUUUCCAAUGGGGAUCUCCACAAAGUUUGGAAUUUUUUCCUGGUACACACAUAAUGGGAGUUAAGGUAUUAUAUCAAGUGUUUUACUAAAAAGCACUGAAAUUCUUCUGGCAAUACGGGAAACUAUUUCCAGGAUCUUGGAGUUACUUCUUUCUUAAUCUUUCUUAAAGUAUUCACUGACAGCGGUUUUUUGUUCUUUCAAAACAAAAAGCACGAUCAGAAGGUAGUCUGUGUUCUGUCACUAACAUUUAAACUUUGCAAACUCCAGCAAAAAAAGCACAAGAGGUCAUGGCACUGUGACACACAUUUAGCAGUAUUGCAAUUACCUCUGACAAUCACACACUCAGAAAGGCAGAGGCCAGGAAUCAAUCAGCAGAGUCUUGAGAACCAGUUAACCUUUCUGUUCACGUGCCAUCUGAUUUUUAAACUCUGAGUCAGGCCUUGAUUCUGAAGGACUCACUGUUGUCAGAGACGUGUUCUGAUGUCUUAUAUUAAGACCAAGUGUGGCACGAUGUGAUCCCUUUCCAGUCCCUUGCUUUUAAGUACCACUUCAUGACAUUUAGGAACUGAUAUUGGAAAAUGCGAUGAAUUAGCGAAGCAGAACCUUUUCUUAAAUGGAAAAGUCUUCAGGUACAGUGUUCCAUCUUAGAGCGUGAUGGAGUCCGUGAAAGACAGUGUAUCUGUGUAACUUCUGACUGCAGACCGCACAGAGGAACUCUACCCGCCAAGUCUAUAUGUUAUCAACAUCAAGAGCAUGCUUCCGUUUCAUCUGUUGUAGCUCAACGGCCGUGCCAACUCGUGAGCCCGACGCGCAGAUGUAAGUGAAGUCUGCUAGUCAACAGAAGUGUUAUCUCAGUUGAGGGCUUCCUCUCUGGCUUUCUUUGCCUGAAGGUGAUUUUAGAAAGGGGAGUAGAAAAAUAAUCUGCUCACUGAGAUUCUUUACCAGUAAAACCACUGAAGGUGACUUCAUCCCUCGGCCGUGUGUGCAUGAGCUCACUCUAUGCUAAAACUCAAUGGCAUUAAUAGAAAGUCGUAUUUUCUUGAAAAAGAAGGAAGUUUAGUGUCCUUUAUGUGAAAAGGACCAAGUAAGUAUACAUC